AGUGUUGUCCUGUUGCAGUCAGAGUUUCAUAAGUUCUGCAGGCAGCCUCAGCUAACAUUGUUACAGAAAGGAAGAAUCAGCGGCAGUCUCCACUUCCUCCUCUUGAACCGAAACCAGCUUAACACGCUGCAUCUGCAUCUAACGGAGCAAUCAUCUGAACAUGGCACGGAAUUCUUUGGGGCUGUUAGCGGGUUGUUUGCUGCUCUUUCUCUCCUCCGGUGCGGAAGGGAAGCACAGCAAGGACAGAGUUUACUAUGUGGGGAUCAUUGAGGACUCGUGGGAUUACGCACCGAGUGGAAAAAACCUGCUUAACGGACAAGACGUCGAAAAGGAUGAGCAUGCGGCUGUAUUCCUGGAAAGAGGACCCCACCGUAUUGGCAGUGUUUAUAAGAAGGCCAUGUUCCGACAGUACACAGACGCCACGUACAGCCGCCUGGCCCCCCGACCCGCCUGGCUGGGCUUCCUGGGGCCCGUCCUGAGAGCUGAGGUCGACGACGUCAUUGUGGUCCACCUGAAGAACUUUGCAACCAGGAGCUACUCUAUGCAUCCUCACGGAGUUUUCUAUGAGAAGGAUUCAGAGGGGGCGCUCUAUCCAGAUGGUACAUCAGGGAAGCUGAAGGAGGACGACUCGGUUCCUCCAAGGGGCAACUACACCUACCGCUGGGAGGUCAGGCCAGAGUUUGCCCCCACAGACGACGAUGCCAACUGCCUGACCUGGGUCUACCACUCUCACUUGAACGCCCCCAGGGACAUCGCCUCGGGACUUAUCGGAGCUUUGCUCACCUGCAAGAAAGGAAUCUUGAAGGAGACAAACGAUCAAGUCCAGGGUCAGACGAAGCCAGGGUCUGUUGUAGAGUCAGCCCGAAAUGAUGUGGACCAGGAUGUCUUCCUGAUGUUCAACGUGGUGGACGAAAAACUGAGUUGGUACCUGGAGGACAACAUUCAGAAGUGUUCUGAUCCAGCCGGAGUCGACCAAGAAGACCCAGACUUUGAGGAGUCAAACCUGAUGCACGCUAUUAAUGGCUACAUGUUUGGCAACCUGCCCGGAAUCGAGUUAUGCCAGCACCGUGCAGUAGCCUGGCAUUUGUUUGGCAUGGGUAAUGAGGUGGACAUUCAUUCUGCCUUCUUCCAUGGGAAUACGCUGCUGGACCGCGGCCACCGCACCGACGUCCUCAGCCUGUUCCCAGCCACGUUCGCUACAGCCGAGAUGGUCCCGAAAGCGACGGGAAAGUGGUUGCUGGCCUGCCAGGUUAAUGACCACUUGCAGGCUGGGAUGCAGGCCUUUUAUGAAGUGAAGUCAUGUGGCAGUGAGGCCGGCUCUACAGCGACGGAUGGCGCUGUGAGGAAUUACUACCUGGCAGCAAAGAUAGUCACGUGGAGUUACGGUCCGUCAGGAAAGGAUCUGAUUGAUAAUGUGUCCCUCACGAAGUUCGAAAGUGCAUCUGAGGUCUUCUUUGGCAGAGAUGGUGGAAGGCUCGGAGGUGACUACAUGAAAGUGAUAUACGAAGAGUACACUGACGAGACCUUCACCACCAGGAAGCCACCAACGCCUGAUUCUCUACACUUAGGAAUCUUAGGUCCAGUCCUGAGGGCAGAGGAAGGAGACACUCUCAGAGUGAUGUUCAUGAAUAAAGCUGAUAGAAACUACAGUAUCCAGCCUCAUGGCCUGCACUAUGAUAAACACUUCCAGGGAAGCAGCUAUGAGGACGGUGUGGACAAGCCGGGCUCUCACGUUGGUCCCGGGGAGAACUUCACCUACAUUUGGCAGGUGCUAGAAGGUCCGUCUUCAUCUGAUUCUCCAUGUAUUCCCUACCUGUACUACUCCGCCACCGAUCCCGUCAAGGACACCAACUCUGGAUUGGUGGGACCUCUGCUCGUGUGCAAGAAGGGAACGCUGGGGGAGAACGGGACCCAGAAGGGUGUGGAUAAGGAGUUCUUCCUUCUGUUUUCUGUCAUGGAUGAAAACAUGAGCUGGUAUUUUGAUAAGAAUAUCGAGAUUUUUGGCAGCAACGAGACAGAUCCACUACACGAGGACUUUGAGGAGAGCAAUUUUAUGCAUGCUGUAAACGGACGCAUGUAUGGGAACCUUCACGAUCUGGAGAUGUGUGCCGGGGACACAGUUCAGUGGUACACCUUUGGGCUUGGCACAGAGGUGGAUAUCCAUGGUGUUUAUUUCGAGGGGAACACGUUCAAGAAGCAGAGCACAACACGUGACACUAUCAGCCUGUUCCCUCACACCACAGCUACUGCUGCCAUGCAGCCAAACACUCCUGGUGUGUAUGAGGUGAGCUGCAGAGUAACAGACCACUACUCGGCCGGCAUGAGGCAGCAGUACAGAGUGAACCUCUGCCCGCGACACAAACUGAAGCCCACACACACAGGAGGACCAACCAAGAUUGUGCAGUAUUUUAUUAGUGCCGAAGAAAUCGAGUGGGACUUCUCACCUCGGAGAGACUGGGAGCUGGAGAAACACAACUCCACAUUAAAGGAUAGUCCAGGCAAUAUAUUUGUGGCGAAAGGGAGAGACAGAAUCGGCUCGCGCUAUAAGAAGGUGGUGUAUAGAGAAUACACUGAUGGCACCUUCAAAGUUCAGAAGAAACGACAGGCCAACCAACAACACUUGGGAGUUAUGGGUCCAAUAAUCAAAGCAGAGGUAGGAGAGCAGAUCGUGAUCACAUUCAAGAACAAAGCCAGCCGACCAUACUCCAUUAGCGCACAUGGGGUGAAGGCCAGCGGUGCACAUAUUCCUGUCAAACCUGGCUACAUAAUGGAGCUUACGUGGGAUGUUCCUAAAAGCUCUGGUCCAGGGGUCUCAGAUCCCAACUGCAUCUCUUACGCCUACUACUCCAAUGUUGACUUCAUUAAGGAUCUGUACAGUGGUCUUCUGGGGCCUCUGGUGAUAUGCAGGCCUGGGACUCUGCAGAGCGGCGGCAAGGGGCCCGACAGACAGAGGGGCGAUGUGGAGAAGGAGUUUGCUCUGCUCUUCAUGGUGCAUGACGAAAACCAGUCCUGGUAUUUGGACGACAACAUCAGAAAGUACCUUGGCGUCAACCCGAAUGCCUUCGAGUCAGACGAAGACUUUGAGGAGAGUAACAUGAUGCAUGGGAUCAAUGGUAAACUGUAUGGUAACCUCCAUGGACUGGAGAUGACCCGGGGCCAAAAAGUUGACUGGUAUCUACUGGGUAUGGGCAACGAAGUGGACAUGCACACCGUUCACUUCCACGCUGAGACUUUUACCUACAAGACAGACCGUGUGCACCGUGCAGAUGUCUUUGAUCUCUUCCCUGGGACUUUCCAAACUGUGGAGAUGGUUGCGGGGAACCCAGGGACCUGGUUGCUCCACUGUCACGUGACCGACCACAUCCAUGCUGGCAUGGAGACCACUUUCACAAUCAAAGAAAACUUCUCACAUGCGACAGGAAGUGAAGGCUCCAUAAUGACGCUGCUGCUCUCGCUGGUGCUUGGUGUCAUGGCUGUAGGUGGACUGCACUUAUGAAGGGACUCUGACAACUUUGGUCAUUAAUGCACUUAAAAAAAAAGAUCCAGGGACAAAAUCACUAUUUUUUUAAUAGAGGUUAGUUAUGUAAGUAUCAAGCAAUGAUCAGACUAGUGAAAUAUAUAUAUAUCAAGGGCUGUAAAAUCAUGUAUAAAGUUGAGGAUUAUUUUAUUUCCUAAGACUAAAAGAAGCAUUUUAUAAUUGUGGCUUGAUUCUAUGUUGCCAUUUUGUGGCGUGUUGCACUGUGUUUGAUGCUGUUAGGUUUUGCUUUACCAAAAAUUGGAUUGUAGUUAUGAAUGUGCAAUAAAUAAUACAUAUAUAUUCAA